GGGACGGUGCAGUUCUGGAGGAGCGUCACCUGGAGAGGAGGCACGGCAGCACCUAAACACUUCUCUCAGAGCAUUCGCAAUGGGGAUCCAGCCCUGGAUGUUGCUCCUGCUGGUCUCUCUCGCCCGUUGCAGCGGCGAGGACAGCGAGUGUGUGACCUUCACAGACCUGGGCCUCCCCGAUGCCUUCCUGGGCACAGAUCUGAAGGUGCGCCUGCUGCUCCACACGCGUGACAACCUGAAUUGCGGGAAGCUGCUCUCGCACCUUGACCCGUCGGCGCAGCCGUUGUUCAACGUGAGUCGCCCCACCACCUUCAUCGUGCACGGCUUUCGGCCCACAGGGGAGCCGCCCGAGUGGCUGCACAUGGCCGUGCGCCUGCUUGCCGCAAUUGACGACAUGAACAUCGUGCUGGUGGACUGGAAUCGCGGUGCCACCAACCUCAACUACUUCACCGUGGUGAGCAACACGCGCAAGGCAGCGGACAACAUCACGAGCUUCAUCCAGAAAAUGGAGGAGGAUGGCGCCUCACUGGCUUCCAUCCACAUGAUUGGCGUCAGCCUCGGGGCUCACAUCUCAGGUUUUGUAGGAGCCAAACUGAAAGGCCAGAUCGGGAGGAUCACAGCACUGGACCCGGCAGGACCGCAGUUCACCGGAACACCCCCAGAGGACCGGUUGGACUCCACAGAUGCCCAGUUUGUGGAUGUCAUACACUCAGACAUGGAUGCCCUGGGUUUCAGAAAGCCACUCGGCCACAUUGACUUCUACCCCAAUGGAGGAGCUGAUCAGCCUGGCUGCCCCAGUACCAUCUUCUCAGGGAAGGAAUACUUCAAGUGUGACCACCAGAGGUCAGUCUUCCUGUUUCUCAACUCGAUGAACGCAACCUGCAACAUCACCACAUACCCCUGCGCCUCCUACGACGACUUCCUCGACGCAAAGUGCCUCAGCUGCCCGGAGUUCACGCCCUCCGGCUGUCCGGCGUUUGGUUAUUAUACCAGCGAAUGGAAGGACACUCUACUGCGACUGGGUCAAACCUCCACAUACUUCUCGACCACCACGAAGAGCCCAUUCUGCAAGACAAAUUACGUGGUCGAGAUGGUGACUUGGAACUCGGAGCCCCGCUGGGCGACUGUCACCGUCAAACUGCACAGCAAGGAGGCUGUAACCGAAGCCAGAAUUAACCAUAAAGCCUCCAAGUUCCAGCAGUACAAAGAGACCCGCUUACUGGCCCAGUUUGACCAGGACCUGCAUCCAAUUCAAAGGAUCUCUCUGCAGUUCAGCUCCGGGAACAUAGUUGGACCUCGGUACAAACUGCGGUUGCUGCGUUUCCGCCUCGAGGCGCUGGAGCUUCCGGACAGGCCCCAGCUCUGCCGCUAUGACAUUGUCCUGACGGAGAAGAUGGAGGUUUCCUUCAGACCCAUCCCUUGUGAAGACACCAAUUUCUAAGCCACGACUAGGAGGGGUCCUCUGAGUCAAACCCCAGACUCCACCGGCGACCCAAAGGCUCCAGAAGGAUUGUAACAACACAUGGCACAGUAGAAUCUGUCCCCCCCCCCAGGUCAAUUGCGCUGAGGUUCACACACAAGAGUUUCAACCAGUGGAACGCCGCUCGACCGCAAA